AUGGCCGAGUUGCGUCGAGUGCUCCACACAAGCAAGUCCCCCGAGGCGGUCAAAUUCAAAAGCUUUAUUGGCUCGUUCGAGUCACGAAGUUCGGGCGCUCUCCGUGAAUUCCGCGAGUUCCACGCAACGUUGACCGAAUCCAUUGUGAAAGAGCACGGCGCACGCAUCUUGGCAGCUCUUAAGGACCCAGGAAACGACAACGCGAACGGAACUAUCACGGCUGCAGAGAAGAUACAAGACAUGCUGCCGGUCUCUCUUGAUAUUUUACGCUCAGCUGUCUCUCGUCAUGUGGAAGAAGUGCUUUUCGUGCCACUGCAAGGCAAAAUCAACGCUUUCUUGCGUCGUGUAUAUCACGAAGAAGAGUCGUCUAUUAACCGCAAGGUGAGAUGGCUGCAAGGCAAAGACCAGAUGUACUUCAAUAUCCCGGUGCACCAGGUCUCGUGGAAAGAAUGGCGGAAGGCGUCCAGAAUUCUUGCGCAAAUCGCCCAAGUCCAGCUGCCUGCAGCCAAGUAUGACGUGCUCACAAGUACGAUGAAGGAGGUCCAGUCUACUUAUGCUGAGGAGCACGACACCAUCGCUGAGCUGGAGCCACUCGAGACUGACGAUAUCAUUCCGAUCUUCACCUACGUGCUGUCGAAUAGCGGACUGGAAAACCUCAUCUCGCUUAAAACCUUGUUGAUGGAGCUGAAUGGAUCCUGGUCCGUGGGCAGAUCUCCUGACGAUGAAACGUCGCUGAACAUUUUGACGCAUGCGGUGGAUUUUAUCAGCAAUGUGAGCAUCCCAGCUGUGCUGGAGGACAUCUUUAAGGACCAAAUUACGCUAUCGAUUGACGGAGACUGGCGCCGUGUUCUGGAGUUUGAGGUGGAGUGUACCUAUCGGUAUGGCGCCGUUGUGGAGCAUAUAUCUCCUCACGGUUAUUCUGCCGUUGGGAAUAUUAUAACGCGGGGGUUUGUCUUAGUGACGGUGAAUGGUCAAAACGUGGUGCUGUGGCCGUUCCAAGACAUCAUGACGCUACUGCUGCAAUCGGCGUCUCCUCAUCGACUCGCGUUCAUCCCGGGAAGUAGUUACUUCAAGAUUCUGACGUCCAACAAGGCGCUGUGGAACGUUGCGUUGAUGCACGCGUGUCAGCGCGGCGAUGUAUUCAGUGUGCAAAUGCUGCUGGCGAAUGGUGCGGACGUGAAUUAUGUUGCUCAUGAGUGUGGAAGCAACACGCCGCUUCAUGUCGCAGUCAGUGCGCUUCACUUUAACGUUGUGUCGUACAUGCUUCAGCACGGAGCAAAGGUGAAGACGAUAGGCGAAUGUGGACGCAGCGCGCUGCAUAUGGUCGGAUCUCCGUGUAUGAUGCCUGCGACGAUGACGACGUCUAGCGACAUGACGAAAGCGGCAAAUGGGGCGUCGGCGACGCUAAGCGACUCGGACAAGGCCGUGCUAGUCGUAAAGAAGCUUCUCGCCCAUGGAGCUCCUGUCGACACUGUUGACAUUUAUGGUAAUACUCCUGUGAUGUUGCUGGCAGAACGAGGCUAUCUUGGUGCAAUCGACGCGAUAAUGGAAGCUGAUAGCAAUGUCGACCUCAAUGCUCGAAACUGGCAGCGUGGUAUGAGUGCUCUUGCUCUUGCAGCGAAGAGCGGCCGAGCAAAUGUGGUGGAAGGAUUGAUCGACUAUGGCGCCCAAGUGGACAUUCGCACGCUGCAUGGCGAGACACCGCUGCAUUUUGCAGCAGCUAGUGCCAGUCAGCGUGUAUGUGAGCUUCUCGUGAGGAAAGGCUGCGACGUUGAUGUUCGUACGAGUGAAGGGCUGACGCCGCUAAUGAUUGCUGUCGCUAAAGAUCACGGAAUGGCCAUGGAGAAAAUCGCUGCUCUAUCGCCUUCUGUGCCGUCUCUAAUGGGCGACACUCUCCACGAUGGACGGCAUCAUCACCAGAAGACAACAGUUGAUUUACGCAACAGCAUUCGUGUGGACAACUCCUCCGUCAUUUCAACGAUGAACUAUCUUGUCCAGAGCGGCGCAGAUGUGUCAGCUGUUUGCGAGGUUUACCGGACACCUCUGCACUAUGCUGCCCUGUACGGCUGUGACGAGCUGUUUGCGUGUCUCCUGGCCAAGAUGGGCGACGACUCGAAUGCGGAAAGGUUUGAUCUGUAUGGCCAGUCGGCAGUGUCAAUGGCCGAAGCGAGUCGCUCCUCGCUCGCCCUUGCAAGUGAGAAUAUGUCGAAUGACAUUCCCAUGUCACUGACAGGACGCAAAGAUCUUUCUGGGAAGAGUUUGAGCAUUAAAGAUCUGGUGACCGAAGAGAACGAUGGAGUUGAGGAGAUUAUUGCGGGCACGUUCGAUGCUAUUGCUGGUCUUUUAUUACGUUAUGAGAACUACCGACUGGAAGAGCUUAGUGCGCUCAUCUGGUCCUGUGGCUAUGCGUCGAGUGGAGGCGGAGAUAGCUAUCGUGAAAUGGUGGACAUCCUCCGAAAUGUGUGGAAGCAGUAUUCAGUGGACACAGGCGCCGGCUUCUACGUGCGACGCAUGGUCUUGAGUGCUUUGAACAAGCUGGUGGAGAUUUUGAAGCACAGUGUGGAGUGCAACAUGGACAUCUGUAACUACGUCGCUGAGUUGUACACGGAGCUGGUCCCUCUUGAGGACGAUCUAGCGAAGGAAGACCCACAGUGUGCGCAAUGGAUAAGCGUGUCGUUGUUGCCCGAGUUUGCUGAGGCUUGUCAGUCCAACCGUGUGCAGGAGUUCCAGGUGCUCUCUUUCUGUGAAGGCGACUACACGUCGCUGAAGCAGUUUAUCUGCACCGCGAAGCAAGCAAACCCGAACCUUGAGUUUUUGGACGACGACCUGUUCGCUGCCGCGGUGGGAAUGGAGAUUAUCACGGAAACGAUGCGACGCCGAAUGUCUCUCGCUGGUGUGUGGAAGGCUGGAGAGACGAAGAAAUCGUUCGUAGUGAAGCCCGAAGAGACGCUCGAGACACUGUCGGAGGGACGAUCGACAACGAUCACGCCGUGGCAACCGAGAGGUGUGAAUGUGGGGCGGUCGCAUCCCUCGGAACAACGCAUGGCCAGACUUUGGAUCUUGGAUCUAGACCCCAGCAUCAUUGCCCAGCAGAUCACUCUGAUGCAGCAUUAUCUCUUCAGCAAGAUCAAAGUGUCCGAGGUAUUGGCGUCUAAGCGUAACGCUGAGAAGACUCCAGGGUAUCAGCGGCUCCGACUGCUGCAUAAUCACAUCUCGAUUUGGGUGGUCAGCCAGAUUCUGAUGCGAGGCGACGUGGACCAGCGUGCAGAGAUCCUCGCGUAUUUCAUUCGCGUUGCUGGGGUGUUGCUCUCACCCCUACAAAACCUCGAUGGGUUCAUGGCAGUCAUGAAUGCAGCAAACGAUUCCUCGAUCUUCCGUCUGAAGAAAACAUGGGGUCGACUCCUUCCGCAAGCGCGAGAUCUAUGGCAAGAGUUGGUUCCACUCACGGAGAAGGGAGCGCGAUCACUGAAUAAGUUCACGAAGGAAGCGACGCCCCCACUGAUCCCGUACAUGGGCGUUGUCAUUCAGAACGUGCUCGCACUCCAGGAGUACCCAGACCGAGUGGAGGGAGACCUGAUCAACUUUAAGAAGAUCCGUUCCAUUGGUGGCCUCAUUCAAAAGAUACUGUCGUUCCAGAAGACGCCGUACUUGUUGCCGACGGACAAGCGUGUGCUGGAACACAUCUGCUCAACAGUUCCAUUCGCGGACGGAGAUGCCUGCUUUGCGCGGUCGUUGAAGAUCGAGCCACGUGUUGCUGAUGCUGGGACCGAGACAUCGUGAUGCCCAUGAAGACGAGUGCUUCUCCACACUGUACCUCACUGAUGUCUAGGCCAGUAUUACGAGAGACGUUACAGUGCGUGGAGUGAAUGCCGACCAGAUAACCCCCGGAGGCAGAGAUCUGGUAUCACCGUACGUAAUAAACUAUGAGUGUAAGUAGUGCAAACUAU